UGCAGCUGGCUGUGGAGGAAACCCAGAAAGGCGCUUUAUAUAACCAGGGUCAGUGCUGCACGGCUGCAUCGCGGGUCUUUGUGGAGGAGAGUAUUUAUGAAGAGUUUGUGCGUCGCAGUGUAGAAAACGCCAGGAAGGUUGUGAUAGGAGACCCGCUGGACCCCAAGACGACACACGGACCACAGAUCGACCGGCAGCAGUUUGAUAAGAUCAUGGAUCUGAUAGAGAGCGGGAAGAAGGAGGGAGCCCGGCUGGAGUACGGAGGAGCAGCUUUGGGAGAUAAGGGCCUCUUUAUUCAACCCACCAUCUUCUCCGGGGUCAAAGACCACAUGCGCAUCGCCAAGGAAGAGGUGCAGUUUGUUUCAGUUCAUUCUAACUAAACCUGCACAGAGAGGUAACAUGACACUGACACCCUGUGGAAUAAAAGUGCAAUUACACCAGAAACAGCACA